AUGACGCAUCGGCACUUGAACAAGAUUGCGGAUUCCGAGACGCCCAUACCAGAUCUCCCUGCGCCCCCGCAGUAUAACGACCCUCCUCCCUCGUACGACGAGGCCUUGAAUGAUCUUCCGCCCGAAUUCUUCGGGCUUCCAGCCCUCGCGCAUCGAAAGACUGCGCUUCCACCCGCACCGCCGGUCACCACUACCACCAAUCCAAGACCACAAAUUCAGUCUAUAUUCAAAGAUUUCUCGUCAAGGGUCGACAUUGAUUUCGAAACCGUGACCGGUGUGCGCGAGCACAAAGGGAAGAAGAAGGGGCCCAAGAAAGCAGCUGCUCCCCCACCUCCGCCUGACAACAAUGGUGGCGCCAAUGAUGGGGGUGGAGGAGGGGGAGGUGAUGACCAGGGGAGCGGCGAUGCCAAUGCCGGGGGGAACGCGGGGUCAGGCGAUGGAGGUGGUGGAGACAAUGGCAGCGGAGGCGCCGGAGGAGGUGACGAGGGAGGUGGCGAUGGCGGUGGUGAGGACUGGGAUACUUGGGGCACUGCCACUGGAGGCAAGAAAAAGAACAAGAAGGAAAAAGAAGAAGAGGAGGAGAAACAGGCAGCCGAAGCCGCUGCCAAAGACAAUCUCAGCUGGGCUGAUAAUGUCGAUGAUAAUGGCGGUGGAGGAGGAGGAGGCGAUGACUGGGCGGGAUUUGGGGCGAGCAAAGUUCUUCGAGAUGCUGAAUCCUAUCAUCAGGACGAGCCACCUCCAGGGUCAUUUGAAGAUGUCACUCUCGAUCACACCGCUCCCCAACUGGACCUCAAUUUUGACACUGGGCCAAAGACUGGGGGCACUGGUUUCAGUUUUGGCGGCUGGGGUAAGGACUGGAACACAGGGGGUGGUGCAGCGAGCAACAAAUGGGAUCUUGGUGCGAUUGGAGACAUACCUACCAAAGAAGAGCCCAAAGAUAACAAUCCUUGGGGCAAAAAGAAAGCGGCCACCGGCUUCGACUUUGGCGACUUGGGAGCCACGCCCGCUGAAGCCACGAAGACGGAGGAAGACUGGAAUUCCUGGGGUAUGCCCGCGAAGGACAAGAAGCAAAAGAGUCUGCUUGACCCGGAUCCCGAACCAGAGGUUAUUCCAGAGUCAAUUACAUUGGAACCACUCCCCGACCUUGACCUUGAGCCCGAGCCCGAGAUCCCGGGAAACAUCCUGACAGACCCCUGGUACAUCGGACUUUCCAAAAAGGAGCAGCGAAAGGCCAAAAAGGAUUGGGAAAAGAAGGUGAAAGAUGCCGAAGUCGAGCUGAAGCGGGUCCAAGAAUCGAAUGCAGCGAAACAGGCCGCCUACGAUGAAGCCGUGAAAGCCAGGGAAGCAGCUGAACCACCAUCUGUUCCAGAACCCCCCGCGCCAGAGCCAGCGGCUGAUGCACCAGCAGACGGUGACGACGACUGGGGCUGGGCUGCGCCCAAGAAGGACAAAAAUAAGAAGAAAAUUGAUCUACUCGCAAAUCCUGAGCCUGCUCCUGCAGAAGACGACUGGGGCUCAAGUUGGGGUCUUGCGGGUAAAAAGGACAAGAAAUCAAAGAAAGACCCCGAACCUUUGAUUGAGGCGCCAGCGCCUCCCCCAGCCCCCGAGCCCGAGGAGGUCAAAGAGGAAAGCUCCUGGAACUCCUGGGGCUUGCCUGUCAAGGAUAAGAAGAAGAAGAAAGGUCAAAAUGAACCAGAGCCUGAACCAGAGCCCCAACCAGAGCCCCAACCAGAGCCCCAGAUUGAGGAGCCCGCCCCAGAGCCUGAGCCAGAACCCGAGCCGGAGCCAGAGGUUUUACCUGAGCCGGAACCUGAACCAGCCCCUGUUCAUGACGACCCCUUGUACGACAAUUGGCACAACCUAAACUCCAAAGAUCGGAAAAAGCGUGAGAAGAAACUAGUUCAAAAAGGUCUUCCCAUUCCUGGAAAGGACUUUGAACUUCCCACAGAAAAACCAAUCGAACCUGAAUCGGUACCUUCCCCUGCCCCCGAGCCUGAACCAGAACCCGUUGUAUUGGCGAAGCCAGAACCGGAGCCCGAGCCCGUACUAGAACCCAUCGAACCAGUUGAAAACGACUCCUGGGGCAUUUGGGGUACUACUAAGGACAAAAAGAAGAAGAAAACCUUUGAUGAACCACCACCACCAGCGCCUGAUCCACCACCCCAGGGCUUGACCCCCGAGCCCGAAUCCGUUGAAAAUGCGGAUGAAACCUGGGGUGAUUUGGCGCCAAAGUCAAAGCUAAAGAAGUCCAAGAACCUGGAACCGGCAAAGGAAGAGAAGCCAGCCGCAAAGGGAUUUUGGGCAUCGCUGACUGGAGGGUCUUCUGCCAAAUCUAAGGCAACCAAGGAAAAAUUAAAGUCCAAGGAGGAGAUGCCCGAGGAGUCAGAGAAUCUUCUCGUUGAGGUUGAUCAUGAGCCUUCCGGGGAAACAGAGAUUGCUCUUGAGCCCGAGGUCGUGCCUGAACCAGAUCCUGAACCAGUGAUUGAGGCACCUGUCGUCGAGAAGGCAUCGAAGCUCCAGUCCACUGGAAAACUGUCUGUCGCUGAGCGCAUCGAAGCCUUGGAGCAAAUCAAAAAGGACAAACUGAAAAAAGGUAAAUCAACCUCGAAAUCGAAAUCGAAGGCAUCCGAACUCGAGAUCGAACCCCAGGCAUUGGAGUCGGAACCUGAGCCCCUUACUGAACAAGAUCCUAAACCAGACCCAGAACCGGAACCGGAACCUGAGCCAGAACCAGACCCAGAACCAGAACCCGCCCCUGUUCACGAUGAUCCCCUCUACGAAGGUUGGCACACGUUGUCUUCUAAGGACCGGAAGAAGCGCGAGAAGAAGCUCAUUCAAAAAGGACUUCCCAUCCCCGGAAAAGACUUUGAGUUGCCUUCCAGCAAGCCAGUUGAACCAGAGCCCGUACCUGUGCCAGACCCAGAGCCAGAACCGGAAGAGGAACCUCUGCCCGAGCUCGACAAUGGUAAACAAGUAUCCACGGAUUCAAUCCCGGGGAGCUUCCCUGACGAACCAGAAACUGAAGUGAUUGAGCCAGAGCAAAUCGAAGAGAUAGGACCCGAGUUGGAGCCGGAGCCGGAGCCGGAGCCUGUUCCAGAACCAGCGCCAGAACCACCCGCUCCCGACUUGUCCAAGAUGUCAAAGAAGGAGAUGAAAAAAUGGAAGAAAUCUGCCGCUGCCGCAGCACUUGCUAAGGAACCCGCGCCUCCCCCGGUUGAGGAACCUCCAGCUCCAGCUCCCGAUCCUGAGCCUGAGCCAGCCGCAGAGCUUGAGCCCGAGCCCGAGCCUGAGCCCGAGGCCGAGCUUGAACCAGCACCCGAACCCGAACCCGAACCAGCACCCGAGUCUGGGGUCGAUCAAGAUGGCGAUGGAGCUGUUCCACCGCCACCACCUGCCGACGAAGAGCCUCCGAAAUCCUCCAAGAAAGAUCGCCCUCGCGUUGAUCGUACUACGAGCAGCAAUGCUUGGGGCUUCUGGGGAUCUGCGCCACCGCCCAAGAAAUUGAGCAAGAGGGAGCCUAAGGACGUCAAGGGAAUUCAGACGAGCGAAGAUGCGGAAUCACCCAAGAAAAGAAAAAAAAAAAGAGAGGAAGAGAAGAGGGCGGCGCGUGAAUCCUCCCCCGUCAAGGCUCGGUCAAAAUCUACCAAAUCCCGUCCGAAAGACGCUGAACGUGAAGUAGAGAGAUCUUCAUCUGAUCGAGAAAAGCGCAAAGACCGGGAGAGGGAGCGAGAGCGAGAACGUGAAGGGCGUCUGUCCAAACCGCAGCGCGCAGACACUCUAUCCGGUUUGGUUUUUGGCCAGCCUUCACCGCGGACCAAGUCCAUCAGGAAAACCGAAACCUCGUCGAAAAGGCCCUCUUCUAAACCAGUUUCUCGACGCCCAUCUUUCGAUCAUGAGGCCGAUGGUGCUAUGUCACCAGCACCUCCAGAUGUAAAGUACGGGAUGAAUGAGAAGGCCGCAAAGUUGAUGGGCGUCAACGGUUCAAGAUCUAAACACGAGCGGCCACGUGCUGAGCGACGAAAGUCAGGUAUGUGUUCGGAACUCUAA